ACAGUUGGGCAAUGUUAUCUUGGCAGCAGCUUUCAUCAGGACACGGACCCAACAAAGGGCUUCAACGCGGUUUCCAUCAGCAAAGACGACCUGCACAUCGAGUUUCUGGAAAUUGGAGGUAACGAGGACCUGCGGCCGUACUGGCAGAGGUACCUGUCCAAAGCCCUGCUUCUGGUGUUUGUGGUUGACUCCUCCAACCCUCAGCUGUUCCCGCUUGCAAAGAAACACCUAGACGAGCUGCUGAGUCACCGCGCCAGCCUGCCUCUGAUGGUUCUGGCCAACAAGCAGGUGAGCCUGAACAUGAAUAUAGUGAGCGGAAGUUGUCUCAAACUGCCCGUCCUUUCUUCUUCUUCUGAAACCAUUGUCCUUGUCUCCACCCUCAUGUGGACUCCUGCCUCCAGGAUAUCCCAGGUUCCUGCAGCCGUGGUUCCUGUGGUCUUUGGCGGCAGAUGAAGCACAAGCGGGGUUGGAUGAGGCUCCAUCCGACAUUGUAGAUCAAAUCAGGUUUUCCACACAUCGGGAUCAAGAGUGUCCGAUGUCCUUCAACUUUUAAUGAAAAGAUUAAAAAAACUCAAAGGAACAUCUCAUCUCCUCUAGAAGGUUUCUACCCCACCUGUAAUUUUUAUUUUUUUCAGCUGCUCCUCCAGCGGAUCGGUUUGCUCGUCUUUCCCAUUGAACGUCCUGAAUCGGACGACCAAACUGUCUCCAGUUCCAAGUCGUUCUGAGGGAUGGCGCUGGUUGCUAAGGACUCACGUUUCUGUAGCAACAGAUUCCAUACAGAGAUGCAAUCAGUGGCUACGGAGCGGCUGCAUCCAGCCUGCGAGUUCCUGGAAAACGGGGUAAAUGUGUGGAUGUUUGGUUCUCCUCGUGUCUGCAGGUGUCAAACCCAGAUUUGGUCCAUCCAACAGGUCAAGUUCUUGACAGGGAAACUGUGGGGCUUUAAUUAUAACUAUUAACCAUGCUAAUAUUAAAGAUAAAACAUUUUUGACCUCUAAAUGUUAUAAUAAAAACCAUCUUAUUUACUGUAUUGUUUUCCUAAUCUCAGACCUAACAUAGUGAACGUUACGUGAACUU